AUGGAGCGGAUCAAGGGCAAGCGAGCAACCCAACGAGCUCUGCACACGCGUCUCCGAAACGAGGCAAGCCAACUCAUGGAAUCGAGUCAUUUUAGCGCUCCGGCGCUUCGAGUGCUGCAUGACAGACUGAACAACUGCAACGACGGACUACGGGUGCUCAACGAACAGUUGGAGGGCUACCUCACGGACGAGCAAGCAUCCGAAGACUACAUCUCGGUCGCGGAUUAUGAAGACAACGCGGCAGCAGCCUUGUCCCUUCUCUGUCACCACAUCGAACAACUUCAGUCUCAAACGACCGCGGAUCGAGGCCUACCGACACCUAACGACGCCUCAGCUUCAGGUACGAUCUCGGGACAUCGUGCCCUCGGUGAUAGCUCAACACCAGUUGUCGGUGCUUCUCGACUUCCGAAGCUCGACUUGGUUCACUUCAAUGGAACAGUGCAACAGUGGCAGCCCUUCUGGGACAUGUUCAAGCACGCCGUCCACGCAAAUACCAGUUUAACGAACAUCAACCGCUUUCACUACUUGAAAACCCUUUUGGCUGGACCAGCGGCCAAAGCAAUCGAGAGAAUUCAAGUGACGGACGCAUAA